UUCUGUAAUCCCGACAUCGAGAAGAGAGCACAUUGUUUUUUUUUUUUGUUGUUGUCUCUGGGUGAUAUAAGAGAGAGAGAGAGAGAGAGAGAUGGAUCCAAUAUCGGCGGUUAGCGAAGAGCUGGCUGAGAUCGAAGGACAGAUCAAUGACCUUUUCCGCGCUUUAUCAAAUGGAUUCCAGAAGCUGGAGAAGAUCAAAGAUGCUAAUAGGCAGAGUAGGCAGCUCGAAGAUCUCACUGACAAAAUGCGUGACUGCAAGAGCCUUAUUAAAGAUUUCGAUAGGGAAGUCAAAAGCUUGGAAGGCAGCGGGAACGAUGCCAGCACUAACCGUAUGCUCAACGAUAGACGUCAAUCCAUGGUUAAGGAACUAAACUCAUAUGUUGCUCUUAAGAAGAAAUAUUCAUCCAGUCUAGCUAGCAAUAAUAAGCGAUUUGAUCUUUUUGAUGGACCCGCUGAAGAAAACAUGGAAGAGAAUGUCUUAUUAGCUUCCAACAUGUCCAAUCAAGAACUCAUGAAUAAAGGAAACUCCAUGAUGGAUGACACUGAUCAAGCCAUUGAGAGAGGCAAAAAGAUUGUUCAGGAGACUAUAAAUGUGGGAACAGAUACUUCAGCGGCUCUCAAGGCUCAGACCGACCAAAUGAGUAGAGUUGUCAACGAACUCGAUUCUAUUCAUUUCUCACUCAAGAAGGCCUCCAAGCUGGUCAAGGAAAUUGGUAGGCAGGUUGCCACAGACAAAUGUAUUAUGGCAUUUCUUUGCCUUAUUGUCAUUGGUGUCAUAGCUAUCAUCAUCGUCAAGAUUGUGAACCCAAACAACAAAGACAUCCGUGACAUACCAGGCCUAGCUCCACCAGCCAUGAACAGACGUCUACUCUGGAACCAUUACUGAAAACGUUUGGGCACACGCUUCUUGCCGCUGUAGUUGAAACCGCCUCGCUUGAGGAAAGUAACAAGUUUUUGUUCCCAUGGCGCAUGACUGCUCUGCUCAUUUCAGAAAUUGAAGGAAUCAAAAUUCCCUUUCGUUACAAAACAAGAAUCAAAAGCCAAUCUAUUUUUUUUUUGUUCAUGUGUUUGUAUAACAGUGACUCUUUUAUGUGCCUAUAUCAAUGUGUAUUUUUGUAAACGUAGUCUAUGUUUCCUGUUCUGGUAAUAACUAUUUGUUCCUCUGUUUUCACUUGUAGGAGUAGACGACUCGCAUUAUUUGUGUCUGUGAAAGUGUAUUUGGUUCCUUGGA